GAACUGCAGCGUCAAGAGAAAAUAAAAUAUGGCGAAAAAAUCUGCUGGCGGUCCAAACACGGGUGCUCCGUAUUAAUAGUUGAUUUUAUAUGAUAAAAGGUGAACGUAAUCGCGAAAUAGGUAUCGUCGGCAGUAGCGGAAACAAGCAGCUAGUGAAAACGCUCAUUCGUCCGUACGUUGUGCCACGCUGAGAUGGAGCCACCGACCGCAGAAGCGGUUCUGCAAGGCGUUUUCACACUGUACAACGAUCCGAAUAAUGUGGAAAAGGAGAAAGCCUCGAAGUGGUUGGAAGAAUUUCAGAAAUCGAUCCAUUCCUGGAAGAUAGCCGACGAGCUGCUGCGGCAAAAACAUGAUCUUAAUUCCUGCACAUUCGCGGCACAAACGAUGCGCAACAAGAUACAGAACAGCUUUCACGAGUUGCCGGAAGAAGCACACGAAUCCCUGCGGCAAUCGUUGCUCGAGCAUCUUAGCCACAUUACGAUAGAAACGAAGUCGGUCAUCGUUACGCAGCUGUCGCUUGCGCUGGCCGACCUAGCGCUGCUAAUGUCUUCCUGGCAGAAGCCGGUCGCCACCCUGCUCCAGCGCUUCUCAAACAACGUCAACAUGAUGUACGCACUGAUCGAGCUGCUAACGCUAAUACCGGAGGAAGUGAACUCGCGACAUCUACGGCUCGGUGCGAACCGGCGGAAAGAGAUACUGCUCGAUCUGGAGGCAGACUCUACGCUGGUCGGCGAGUACUUGACGCUGUGUCUCGUCAAUGGCAACGAGAGCGAGCAGCUGCGAUCAAAGAUUCUGAAAUGUUUCACGUCCUGGGUGCAGAUCAAUGCAUUUAAGUUGCCAGAAAUCAGCGACAGCAUGAUCAUCGUGUACAGCUUCCAGCUGCUCAGCAGUGGUACCACCAGUCCGGAUCUGCACGAAGCGGCAACGGAUUGUUUGUGUUCGCUGCUGCAUUGUAUGGAGCUGAACAAUUCGCGCGGUGGCCUGGACGAUAAGCUAUUCGGUGGUAUCAUGUGCCUGGAGGAGGCGUACAACAUGUCGGUCGCGCAGGAAGAUUUGGACAAAUCGAUGAACCUGUGCCGGUUGUUUACGGUGCUGGUGGAGAGCAAUUUGACGCGGAUGGUAGCAUUAUCGGAUGACGAGACGCCACACUAUUCGGUGAAAUCGCUCGAUCUGGUGCUAAACUGUGUGGGGCAUUACGAUUACGAGGUGGCCGAAAUUACCUUCAACAUGUGGUACCGGUUGAGCGAAGAUUUGUACCACCGGAACAAUUAUCAGCUUACGUCGCAUUUUACACCGUACGUGGAGCGUCUCGUAGCGGCACUGUACAAGCACUCGCAGCUCGAUCCUGAUCACGAUGGGUUGGUGAGCGGAUCGUUUAAUGAUUUCCGGUUCAAGGUUUCAGAAAUAGUCAAGGAUGUCAUAUUUAUCGUCAGCUCGAUCAGCUGCUUCAAGCAGAUGUUCAUCAUACUGCAAAGCCCGAACGUUUCGUGGGAAUCGAGCGAAGCGGCCCUCUUUAUCAUGCAGAACGUGGCGCGCAAUAUCCUGCCAGAGAUUAUGGAAUUGGGAGAGCGUGAGAUACCAACGUCGAGGUUCAACCAGCUUUGUGAGGAGAGCGAGGUCGUACCGAAGGUGGUCGAGGCGAUACUGAACCUGCCGGAAAAUUGUCACAUCGCGAUCCGCUACACCUCGAUCAGCAUCCUUGGCGAGCUGUGCGACUGGAUCGACACGAACCCGGAAACGCUUCAGCCCGUGCUAAACUUUCUGCUCUUUGCGCUGCAGCAAAAGAAUGGGCUGGCUACAGCGGCCGCCAACUCACUGCAAUCGAUCUGCUCGUCGUGCAAAAAGCAUAUGCUCGGCCACAUUAGCGGGCUGAUGGAGAUAGCGCGAUGUUUGGAUGGUUUCGACAUCCAGACGGAAUCGGCAAUCGGGCUGCUGAAGGGUAUAUCCAUCAUUAUUGGCCGUUUACCGGCGGCCCAGCUUACACCGGCCAUGCAGGAACUGUGCAGCUUCCAGGUGGAAGCACUUAGCCGACUGACGAACGGCGAUGAUGAUGGGCUGGAUGGGAAGAAAAGUCGUUCCGAUCCGGCGUUCUGGUUAGACCGGUUAGCUUCCAUCUAUCGGCACGUCAGCCCAACCGUACGGAACAACGAGGUAAACCCUUGCGCGUUCGUCAUCAUCAACAACUGGAACGUACUGUCCCGUGCCCUGGAACGGUAUAAGAACGAUUCGAAAAUAAUGGAGCGCAUUGUACGUUGCAUCCGGUACGCUAUACGGUGUAUCGGGAAGCAAGCGAUGCCGAUCCUGGAACCGCUGGUGAAACAGAUCAUCACCAUCUAUUCCGGCCACAAUCAUAGCUGCCUGCUGUACCUCGGCAGCAUACUGGUGGACGAGUUUGCGUACGAGGAAGGCUGUACCCAGGGUUUGCUCAAUAUGCUGCAGGCCUUCAUCGAACCAACGUUCGGUGUGCUGCAGAUGGAGAAUGGGUUGAAAAACCAUCCCGACAUGGUGGACGAUUUCUUCCGGCUAGCGACACGGUUCAUACAACGUGCUCCAUUGCAAUUUCUCCAGUCGCCACUGGUCACGCCAAUCAUCCAGUGUGGACUGUUGGCGUGCACGCUCGAUCAUCGCGAGGCCAACAUAUCUGUGAUGCGAUUUUUCUGCAGCCUGUUGCGCCACGACCGAGCGAACGAUCUGGAACCGAUGGUGCAAUCGAUACUGGCGUCCCACGGCGAAGCGCUCAUCAUGAAUCUGCUGUACGCGUCCGUCUUCUGUCUGCACUCGAACAUGCUACUGGACGUGGCGGAAGUAUUUAUCGAAAUCAAACAACACAGUCCACUGCAGCUAGAGGAGCACGUUAAGAAGGCGGUCGACUCACUGCCAAAGAAGAACAGUGGCGGUUCCGUGACAGUCACGCACGAACAGAUGGUACAAUUCGUAUCGAACGUUGUCAACUCCCAGACUUCAAGGGCCACCACACAAGCACUGCAAGACUUUGCGCGACUAUAUCGAUAGAUACCAACAGACACACACUCUCUUUCGCUCUC